UCCUGCUUGAGGACUGAAUGGGGUGUAGCCGGGUUCAGAGUAAAUAGUCGUGAGGGAAAACACUUCCCCUUCCAAGAUUUCGACACCAUGGAGACCCUCAUCCCUGUCAUCAAUAAGCUGCAAGAAAUCUUCAACACCGUGGGGGCCGAGGUCAUUCAGCUACCUCAAAUUGUAGUAGUUGGUUCCCAGAGUAGUGGGAAGAGCUCAGUGCUGGAGAGCAUCGUAGGCCGGGACUUCCUGCCCCGUGGCUCUGGCAUUGUCACGCGACGGCCCCUUAUCCUGCAGCUCGUGCAUGUUGCAACCCUGGAGGAGAGGAAGCGGACUGCCAGCAGAGAAAGCGGUGUCCAGGCAGAUGAAUGGGCCACCUUCCUGCACUGCAAGCACAAGACCUUCACUAACUUCAGUGAGAUUCGUCAGGAGAUUGAGAUUGAGACAGAGCGGACAACUGGGACUAAUAAGGGAAUCAGCCCAGAGCCCUUGUACUUGAAGAUUUACUCCCCCAAUGUGCUCAGCUUGACACUCGUUGAUUUGCCAGGAAUCACCAAGGCCAUGAAAAUGGAGCGUUCUCUCAUGCUGUCCCCUGAUCUGCGAGGGUGCAAAGUACCUGUUGGGGAUCAGCCCCUGGAUAUUGAGGUUCAAGUUCGGGAGAUGAUCCUGUCAUACAUCUCCAAUCCAAACUGCCUGAUCCUGGCUGUGACAGCUGCCAACACAGACAUGGCCACAUCAGAGGCGCUCAAACUAGCACGAGAUGUAGACCCUGAUGGGCGAAGGACACUGGCUGUGAUCACCAAGCUGGACCUGAUGGAUGCUGGGACGGAUGCCAUGGACGUGCUGAUGGGCCGGGUUAUUCCUGUCAAGCUGGGCAUCAUUGGGGUGGUGAACAGGAGCCAGCAUGACAUCAACAGCAACAAGAGCAUCAGUGAGUCCCUGCAGGAUGAGCAGGGUUUCCUGCAGAAGAAAUACCCAUCACUUGCCAACCGAAAUGGCACACGCCACCUGGCCAAGACCCUCAAUAGGCUGCUGAUGCACCACAUCCGGGACUGUCUGCCUGAACUGAAGACCAGGGUGAACGUGCUGACGGCGCAGUACCAGUCAGUGCUGCAGAGCUAUGGGCAGCCCAUUGAGGACAAGAAUGCUACCUUGCUUCAGAUCAUCACCAAGUUCGCUACUGAGUACUGCAACACGAUCGAGGGCACAGCGCGCAACAUCGAGACCUCAGAGCUGUGUGGCGGUGCACGGAUGUGCUACAUUUUCCACGAGACCUUUGGUCGCACCCUGGAGUCCAUUGAUCCGCUGGCCGGACUUACAAUGCUGGAUAUCUUGACAGCCAUCAGAAAUGCCACUGGUCCACGCCCUGCCCUUUUCGUCCCCGAGGUUUCCUUUGAACUGCUUGUGAAGCGCCAGAUCAAACGCCUGGAGGAGCCAAGUCUUCGCUGUGUUGAGCUGGUGCACGAAGAGCUGCAGCGCAUCAUCCAGCAUUGUUCUACCUACAACACACAGGAGCUGCUACGUUUCCCCAAGUUGCAUGAGGCCAUUGUGGAGGUAGUGACUGGAGUCCUUCGCAGGAGGCUGCCCAUCACUAAUGAGAUGGUGCACAACCUGGUUGCAAUUGAGCUAGCCUAUAUUAAUACCAAGCACCCAGACUUCAUUGACACGGCACUGGUGUCUGCCUCAGUCAGCACUUCCAAGAGCGAACCCGUGCUGGACGGCACUCGGCGAUGGAAAAGUGAGAAAGUGGAAGAAUCUGGCACCGAGGACAGGCCCAAAGCGUCCUCCCAGACAUCUGGCUACUCCAGCCCUAGCCGGUCCCAUGCAGUCAACCUGCUUGAUACGCCCAUGCCAGCUGCACGGAAACUGAGCCAGCGCGAACAACGAGACUGUGAGGUCAUCAGGCGCCUGAUCAAGUCCUACUUCCUUAUUGUGCGCAAAAGCAUUCAGGACAGUGUCCCCAAAACGGUGAUGCACUUUUUGGUGAACUACGUCAAGGAUCACCUUCAGAGUGAGCUCGUGGGUCAGUUGUACAAGCCCCAGCUCCUUGACACGUUACUUACUGAAUCGGAAGACAUGGCUCAGCAACGGAACGAGGCUGCCAAUAUGCUCAAGGCACUGCAGAAAGCCAGCCAUACUAUUUCAGAGAUCCGUGAAACUCAGCUCUGGUGAGGUGGAGGCGAAGUUUUGGAAGGCUCUGCAUCACCAGUUAGCCUUCAUCCAGAGUCAUGCAUUCAUUCACAGAUUCCUGAAACCCAGCUGAUUUUCUGGUGUGUUGCAGAGGAGAGGCUGUGGCCUGGGCUGCCUUAAGGUCCAGGAUAGCAAGAGCUUGCUUGGAUUUCAUUAUGCUGGCCUGACCUUUUGGAGCGUUCUGGCGAAAGCAUCCCUGGACUAAACAGUGCCCUAGUCUGCCUUCACAGUGUCAUCAGCCUCCCAUGCAUUUCCAGCCUUGCUAGGCCAGUAAUACUUACACUCCUUUCUUUACAGCUGCAUUCUUCAGUAGUUGUUGACUUGGACUAGUCUUUGUAUUCAUGGCAGCUUUUGAUCUAGCUCCUGGCUAUUCCGUUCCCCCAAAUCCUGGUGCACUUAAGUGCGAAGUGAAAUAAUUUGUUCAUGUGUGUAUGCCCAAGCUCUAGGAGCAGACAGUGGUGUGUAUACUACUUUGCAACUAAAUGUCUCUUUGUGCAUUAUUGCCCUAUCGGAGAGGGAAGGCUGCAUAGAGAAAUAGGCAGGGUAGUUUUGGCUAGGUCAAAGCUACGCAAGUGGGGCUACUAAGAGUAGGAGCUGAUCAUGCUGGGCCUCACCUGCAGGGUAUGCCUCCUUUCACCUCUUGAUCCAGGAGACAUGUGCAAUAGUGCCACUGAAUUGGGGCUACCACUCCUGUUCUGAAUGCCAGUGGCAGGGGCACGGGGUAGGAACUGAGCAACCCCCAAGUUUGCAUGCACCUCUGAGCCAUACAGGAGCCAAGCCUGGCCUGCAAAUUUUGUGAAAUAAAUGUGUGGAAGGUUA